AUGUUACUUUCCAAAUUCGGAUCAUUUUCUCACAUGUGCAGCUCCUCAAACAUGGAUCACUUGCCGGUGAAAAUUCAGAUUCAACCAGGUAACUUAAGUAAGGUGGAUAAAGAACCUUUUGAGAGAGUCUACCAUGUGGGGACUGUGCUGGGCAGCGGUGGAUUUGGGACCGUGUACGCCGGUAGUCGGCUCUCAGACGGCGCGCCGGUCGCAGUCAAACAUGUGGCUAAAGAACGAGUUACCGAGUGGGGCACGAUUAAUGGCGCGCUCGUUCCACUUGAAAUAGUUCUGUUAAAGAAAGUGGGCACUACUUUUCGUGGUGUUAUUAAACUGUUGGAUUGGUAUGAAAGACCCGACGGAUGGUUAAUAAUUAUGGAGCGACCGGAGAUGGUGAAGGAUUUAUUCGAUUAUAUUACCGAGAAAGGCGCUUUGGAUGAAGAGACAGCCCGAGGAUUCUUCCGUCAGGUUUUGGAGGCUGUUCGACAUUGCUACAGCUGCGGGGUGGUUCACAGAGACAUCAAAGACGAAAACCUUCUUGUAGACCUCCGCACCGGAGAACUGAAGCUUAUUGACUUUGGUUCAGGGGCGAUUCUCAAGGACACCGUUUACACAGAAUUCGACGGUACGAGAGUAUACAGCCCCCCAGAGUGGAUCCGCUACCACAGAUAUCACGGUCGCUCAGCCACGGUCUGGUCUUUGGGCGUGUUACUGUACGACAUGGUGUGUGGGGACAUUCCCUUUGAACAUGACGAGGAGAUUCUAAGAGGAGGACUGUUCUUCAGGAAAAGAGUUUCCUCUGAGUGCCAGCAGCUGAUCAGAUGGUGUCUGUCUGUAAGGCCAUCAGACAGGCCAACUCUGGAGCAGAUCUGGGAGCAUGAGUGGAUGCGUGAGCCAAAAGACUCAAAGUCACAGAGUGGUGACGUCACUCUGCACGUCAUUGGCUCCGAAUCUUUAUCUGACUCCAGCUCCAGCGAAGAGAGCCUUUGAUAGUAGUUCAAAAACCCGCACCAUGG